AGUUCCCAGAAUUUUUCGAUGAUAAUCGAGGAAACGAAAACGCUAUUAGUCCUAUUCGUACAUUUGAGUUCCGUGUGGAAAACUAUUUUUAAACUGUCAAGAAUACACUCAAGUUCAGCCCAUCGCAAUCGACAGCCCCUUUCGAACAGAAAAAAUCGCUUUUUGCAUGGGACAAAUCAACGGAUUGACACGCCUAAAGGACUAAUGAUCCGUUAAACAAAGACGGACAAAAUUGCAUAAUGACUCAAGUAGGUAGGUAUACGUUUCAGACAAUGAAAACUCUACGUGAUGCUUCUAUUUAUAUCCGGAACAUCACUUGUGUCUAAAACUAAAUAUAUCUGCACCUCAGUCAUACGUUCGUUGAAUGGAAGCAACAGCUUUUUCUGUACGUUCGGAAUUAAGAGUGAAAACGGGAAGCAUUCUAAGACUGGAAUCCGCUAAAUCAAAAACGCUCUUGUAAAACUAACGGAUGACGAAGACAUUAAAUAUUUCCAACCUUGUGUAUCCUAAUUCGUCGAGCGCGUGGUACGUUCUGCCAAUACAAACAGCUUCAAUAUGCAUUAUGUCAGUGUUUAGUUAAUUCGGUCGUGGUGAAAUCAUGUCGGAGGACAGCAAUUUAAAACGUAGUUCUAAGACUGACUUCACGGCCCUCAUGAGGGAAAGAAGUUUCGUGAAACCCAGCAAGGAGCAGAAGAGGAGAUGUCAGACUAUGGCGUCGAUACGCGGAAAGCCUACCAUGGAAAUUUAUAGGCCCCCAAACGUGCGGAGUGAUUUACAGUUUCCCAACAACGCUGCAAAGUUGAACGUACACGCCAAAGAAUUCACGAUGAAUCAUCAGGGACAACCUUACGGUCUUCAGUCGUCGAAAAGCAGCGGUGAUAUACUCCUAGAGCAUCGUUUGCCACAUCUACAACACUCCAAGUCCAGCGGAAAUGUACUGAGGCAUCUGAAUCAUCCUGGUCUAAUCCCACUGAUACCCACUGCUUUGCCACUACCCCUAAUGCACGCCUCUUCGCACGCACAUCUGUUGAACCACCACCUCUCCGGUAUGAGUUUCCAACCAUUCAACAGCGAUCUCCUAACGCAGCAUCCCAUUUUCACCGGAUACAACCAAACUAAACCGUUCAAUUUCGUUCAGCAACAACCCCACACAAACCAACAAGUAAGCAGUAGUCAAAACUUGAAGAGGUCUAAGAGUCUAGGAGCAGCAGAUUCGCAGAAUCUGGCUUCGAAACUCAAGGGAUUAGCCAAGGAGGAAACGGAUCUUGGAAUAUUUUCCGCAGAAGAUCAGAAGAAUCUAAAACUGGCAAUCGUUGAUCCAAACCAACUUCCCUCCAGAACUCUCAUGGAUCUAGUCAAAGUCAUCAUGGAAAGAGUCAUAGAAGGUAUCAAAUAUUGUGAAGCUGGUGCCAAAUUGUGCAUAGCCAUAAUAGAGCGAGAAAAGAACCAAACUUUCCUAGAAAGUCUCUUGAACACUUGUCAGCAAUGGUAUCAAGAGAGAGAUAAACUCUUGAGGAACAUCAAAGCUGGAGAUGGCACCAAAUUCACGUCUUUCAUGUGGUUCUUGACGGAAAUGUGUGGACAGCUCAAAAGACACCAACUGAAAGAACAGUUUGAAAACUUACAACCUGAAAUAAGCCUAUUAUCUAUCCUAGCCAAAUGCUGCCAAGCUUGUGUCACUCCCCCUAUCAAAUGUCUACCAGAAACCGAAUGCCUAUUUUUCGUUUUGACCUCCACAGGAAGAGAUUUGGAAUCCGAGUUGCCACAGCAACUGGAACAAUUAUUGGCGAGCGUCAGAGAUGGUUUUUUAACAGCGAAUUCAGCAGCUGUUCGAAGGACCUUGCUGCAACUGAUUGAAUUGCAUGCAUCAAACUGGCAGCUAGCUGGUUCAUCUGUUCUGUAUUAUUACCCUAGAAUAAAGUGAUGAGUGAGUGGGAUUAUGAGUGGAAGUGAUAUUUUUUACAACUAUAAUUGAAUUAGACAUCAGGUAUUGAAUAGUUCAAGUUUGAUUACAUAUUUCUAGAAAUCGAUAACCACACAAAUUUAGACCUAGUACAUUCGUGGAAAAAAUGUUUUGUCACAUCACAUAACUCUCAAUUUGGAAAACAGUUCAGCUGAUUUCUCAUAAAUAACGAUAAUUAUCAUUUACUGAAAAAAUUUAAUAGCAGUGAAUACAAAAUUAUCUUUGAUGAUUCUUAGGUCGUUAUAACAUACUCGUGUGGUGGCUUGAAAAUUACUUUGAAGGAAUCAAUUUAUUGGUCCAGUGUGAAUAGACCAUUUAUUGCUUUUGUAUGAUAUAAUUAGGUUCAAGUUCAUAGUCAAUUAUCAUUUCAUAUACGAAUAAUUUGUACACACACAGAAAUAAAUGAUAAAAUAUA